UUCCAGUAGUUGCUGAGCAGCUGAUGAGAAUAGUUGUGGUAGAAAAUGGCCCCAAUUAAGUGGAAACGCUCAAGUGAUGUGCCCUUCCCGUCCGUUUGGCACCGCUUUAGUGCCAAGGAUCCCAAGAGUGGAGAGACUGUGCAGUUCAGGAUCCAGGACUUGCCCGAGGAGCGCUAUGGAGAGGCUAUUGAUAUGAUGGUGGAGCACUUCCUGCGGGAUGAGCCCAUGUGCAAAUCCAGAAACUGCGUCGAUGAUCCUCGGGCGAUCGCUGACUUUCGUCAAAUGUGGCAGAAAGUGGUUCAGGACAAGCUCUGUCUGGUGUGCUUCAGGGAGGAUUCAGACGAAAUUGUGGGCAUGAACUUCCUCAAGGUCACACAGAAGGACUGGGAAGAGGAGCCGACGGAUUACGGCGAAGCGUGUAACGACAUCCUGAAAGCGAUGGAUUUCAUUGCGGAGAGCGGAAAUCUCUACGAUCACUAUCAAGUGGACAAAUUAAUCAGCGGAUAUGGGCUUCUGGUUCCCCCUCAGUUUCGGGGCCUCAAACUUGGUGUGGAAUUGCUGAAGGCCAGAGUUCCUCUGGGAAGAGCCGUUGGCCUCAAGGUCACCUCGACCGUGUUCUCCAAUCGAUCAUCGCAAUCGGCGGCAACGAAGGCGGGCUUUGAGGACUCCUUCGAGAUCUCCUGGGACGAAUUGCAAAAAAAGGGGCCGCGAAUGAAUUUCCCAGUACUGGGAACCCCCACUGUGAAGCUCCAAAGUAUGAGAUUGGACUAAUGUGAAAAUUAACACAUCCUGUUAUUAUUGAAUGAUGUUCUGAAAGUAUGUCGUUAUUGAAUAUAACUCACUGCUUUUAAAAUGUUUACUUAUUCACGACAUUCGAACGAUUUUUGGCAUCGUGACACGAGAGAAACUUUCUUUAAAUAGAAAUUUCAGUGAAGUAAUGAAGUUCACGCGCCCUGAAAGUAUGUCAUUGCCACAAGUUUAGUGGAGGAUUCAAAGCAAAGGAUCCUGAAUCCGGACAAAUUGUAUUAUUCGUUGGGGUUUUCUUUCUGAGGAAUAAAUGAACAAUUCACUUGGUGUGUGUGUCUGUAGAAGUCAUGCAAGUAAUUAUUAAUGAUAAUUAAAAACACUUGGAGUAUGUUAUCAAUUUCGAAAUAAGUGUUUGAUGACAUAUUCAAGGCUUGUGUGGUAAAUAUUUUCCUUGUGGUUUUGAUACAAGAUUUUAUUUGCUUUUAUGCAAUGCACUUCAUAAAAAUAACUGAUAAAUUGUUUACCUGACUUAGCAGACGUUCUUUAUCUUAAGAAAUUGCAUGAUCGUUAAGAUGUAUGAAAAAUGUGUUAUAUUCAGAUAAGAUAAGUUAAUCAGUGAACGUGUUUUUUUCUACUGGUAUUGAAAGUCAUUAAAGUUGUUCAAAAAAAAUUGCUCAGUUUUGAAUGGCAUGCAGUUUUGCAAAACAAUAUGUGCUUCUCAAUUCAUGAACAAUAACAUUUGUAGAUAAAUAGACUUGAGAUAAUAAAAUUCCUCAAUAUGACAA